AUGAGAAGCUUAGGGAAGCUGGGGCAAUGGCCCCUACUUGUAGCUGCUUUGGCAAUUUGCUUAGCAGCCAGCACUGUUUUUGCUGAUCACUCCUAUGGGUAUACUAAACCCUCACCUUCUUACAACUCUAAGAAGUACUACAAAUCACCAUCUCCGUCUAAGUAUCAUGUACCUACUCCUUACUACAAAAAACCUGGAAAAUCUGCUGAAUAUUCUCCAUCACACAAAUAUUACAAAGCACCUCUUCUUUCGAAGCACAACUAUUACAAGUCGCCAUCGCCAGUAAAAUAUUAUAAAUCACCCUCACCAGUAGUAAAAUAUUAUAAAUCACCCUCACCAGCAAAAUAUUACAAGGCGCCUACUCCUUCAAAGCAUUACUACAAGUCACCAAUUGCAAAGAAGUAUUACAAGUCACCUGCUCCUUCAAAGCAUUACUACAAGUCGCCAAUUGCAAAGAAGUAUUAUAAGUCACCUACUCCUUCAAAGCAUUACAAGUCGCCUGCUCCAUCAACGCACUACUACAAGUCACCAUCGCCGGUAAAGUACUACAAGUCACCUGCUCCUGCAAAGUAUCACAAGUCGCCAACUCCUUCAAAGCACUACUACAAGUCACCAUCGCCAGUAAAGUACUACAAGUCACCUGCUCCUGCAAAGUAUUACAAGCCGCCAACUCCUUCAAAGCACUACUACAAGUCACCAUCGCUAGUAAAGUACUACAAGUCGCCAUCGCCGGUAAAGUACUACAAGUCACCUGCUCCUUCAAAGCAUUACUACAAGUCACCAACUCCUUCAAAGCAUUACUACAAGUCGCCAUCGCCGAUAAAGUACUACAAAUCACCUGCUCCUUCACAGCACUACUACAAGUCGCCAACUCCAUCAAAGCACUACUACAAGUCUCCCGCUCCUACUAAAUACUACAACUCACCGCCACCAACAAAAUAUUACAAGUCACCAGUUUACUACAAGUCUCCACCACCACCAACUUAUUAUGUAAAAUCACCUCCACCCCCUCCGAAAUACUACGAGAAAUCACCUACAUACUACAAGUCACCUCCACCUCCUCCAAAAUACCAAUCACCUUCUUAUUACAAGUCACCUCCACCUCCACCACCAAAAUAUUAUGAGCAAUCACCAACUUAUUAUAAGUCUCCACCUCCACCUUACUAUAAAUCUCCACCACCUCCACCAAAGACCUAUGAACAAGCACCGUCAUACUAUUCACCUCCACCACCUACGAAGUACGAGCAAUCUACCACCUAUGCCUCACCUCCACCACCUACGAAGUACGAGCAAUUUGCCACCUAUGCAUCACCUCCACCACCAACCAACUACGCCUCACCUCCACCACCUACCAAGUACGAGCAAUCACUCACCUAUGCUUCACCUCCACCACCAACCAACUAUGCCUUACCUCCACCACCUACGAAGUACGAGCAAUCUGCCACCUAUGCAUCACCUCCACCACCAACCAACUAUGCCUCACCUCCACCACCUACGAAGUACGAGCAAUCUGCCACCUAUGUUUCACCUCUACCUCCAUCACCAUCUCCCCCACCAACCUACUACUGA